AUGAAUACAUAAGAAAGAUUAGAUUAAAUAUCAGGGCAAGUAGAUUCUUUAAGUAGGAAAUACGGUGAGAGAAGUAUAUCCCCUAGUCAAGAUUCUUAAAGAAGAAAUAGUAACUAUUCAAUUAUAUAUAAAAGAGCGUCAAAUCAAAAGUGGUGGUCAAUCUCUUAAAUCAUUCAAUUUGAAACCUCAAUCACAAAACUUUCUAAAAACAUCCAAAGAAACAUCUGGAGGAGGAUUCUAUUAGAGAUCUUAAAUAAUGGGUACUUCAUUUCCUUAAAUACGUACAAGAGAUAAAUAGAAGUAGUAUUUGUAAAUAAUUAAAGUAAUGAAUCAAAAUAAGUGAAUGCUAAGAAAGAAGAAAGUCUUAGUUUGGUUUAAUUAGAUUCAAUAAUAGGGAUUAAAUCUCUAUUAGGACCCAAUCAUCAUUGUCACUUUGAAAUAUAAGUUAAACAUCUUAUUUCUAAAUUGGUAAGAUAUGUUUAUUUAACAAUUUAAGGAAGCCAGUGAAUAAUUAACAAUAAAAGCUAAGGAUGAAUUGGAGAAUGUUAUUUGGAUGGUUAAGAAUUAUAAUAGUGAAGGUUUGAUAUCAAAAUUAUUAUCUUUAUAAUAAUUAAAAAAUGAAUUAGAGAAGGAUUAAUUAUAAAUGAGAGAGGAAAUAGAAAUGUUAGGAAUGUAAAGAGAUGAUUGGUAAUCUAAAUAUUAGGAAAUAUAUGAAAAAUUAUUAAAAAUGUAAGGUAUUGAAAAUGAUCUUCAUGAUGCAUUACAUAAAUUAUAAAUGUCAAAUGAAUCAUUAGAAUAAAUAAAUAGAAGAUUAAGAGAGAAAUAAUUAGAAGUAUAAGAUUGGUAAAGAAAAUGUAAUACACAUGAUGAAUAAUUUAAAAUUAGAAUUACUAAAUUGGAAGAAACAUUGAAAGAAAAAGAAACAUAAAUUUAAUAAUUAUAAAAGAAAUUAUAACGAUUAGAUAGUGAAAGUGCAUUUUUAUAAUAAGAGAUGAGAAAUAAAACAGAAAAAUUAGAAGAAGAAUAAAGAAGAUCAAAAUAAUUACAUGCUGAAUUAUUAGAUACUAGAGUUAAUAAAGUAUAAAAUUUAUAAGAUGAAAUUGCAAAAUAAAAGAAAGUAAUUUAAUAAAGAGUAGAAGAAAUAGAAGAAUAAGAAAAAAAAAAUAAAUUAUUAAAUGUAAAUUAUUAUUAAUAUUAUUAUUAUAGAAUAAACUUAAUUUAUUAGAAACUUAAUUAAAGAAUUUUGAUGAUGUAGCUAGAUAAGAAAAAGAAGAAUUAGAAAAAGGAUGGUAAAAGAAAUAUAAAGAAUUAGAAAAAUAAAGUGUUUAAUAUAAAAGAGAUUUGAAUUAAUUAGAAAUACAAUUAUAAUAAGUUGAUUUAUUAGUUUAAUAGAAAGAACAUGAAGUAGAAUAGGCAGUAGCUAAAAUAAAAGAAUUAUCAGAAUUAAAUGAAAGAUAGUUAUAAACUUUAUAAGCAAAUUCUAUUGAAAUACUUAGAUUGAAUUAGGAAGUUUAAGAAAAAGAUUAAGAUUUAGAAUAUGCAGAAUAAUAAAAUGAAGAAAUAUCUAAAGAACGUACUUAGUUAAUGGAUAAAAUUGGUGAAUAAAAUAAUGAAAUAUCUGAUCUUAAAUAAUAAGCAUUUUAAAUGAAAAAAGAAUUGGAAGGUUUAAAAUGGGAAAAAUAAGAUUAAGAUAGAAAAUUGGAUAGAUUAAAUGAAUAAAUUGCAUAAGCUAAUUAAAGUUCAGAUUAAUUUAGAUAAUAAUUAGAUGAAGAAAUUAAAAAAACAUUUUCAUUAUAUUCUGAAAUUAAUAAAUUAAAAUAAGAUAUUGAAGAUUUAAAAAUCUAACAUUAAAAGGAAAUCUAAUAAUAAUAGAAGAUUAUUGAAGGUAAAGAUGAAGAAAUAAAGAAAUUGCAUGAUAAAUUAUAAGAAUUUUAAGAUUAAGAUAAAGAUUUAUCUGAUAAAUUAAAAAAGUUAAUGAAUGAUAAUGAAAAUUAUUCAAAAUAAAUUUAAUAAUUGUAGAAUGAAAAAUUAGAAUUGGAAUAAUAAAUUUAAGAAUUAAAGAAAAUAAUUUCUUAAUAUGAAUAAUAAAUUAUUGAAUUUUAAAAGGAGAAAUAAUAAUUAUUAUAAAAAAUAGAAGAUAUUUAAAAUGAUAAAACUGAAGUUUAAUUAUUAAAUACUGAAAUUGAAAAAUUAAAAUUAGAUUUAGAAUCAAAAAAAAACUAUGAUGAAUUAAAAGAUAUAGCUAGUUAAAUUAAUACAGUUUAUGAAGAAAAAGUUUAAUUAGAAAAAUAAAACAAUGAAUUACAAAUUUAAUUAAAUAAAACAAUUGAAGAACUUAAAGAAUGGAAAGAUAAAUUUGCUAAAUUAGAAAUGGAUAAGAAACAUAAUGACACUUAAUAUAAUUAAUUUAAAGAAAGAUCAGAAUAAUAAUAAGAUAUAUAUUUAACAUAAAUCAAAGGAUUGGAAAAAAAGAAUCUUUAACUUGAUGAGGAAUUAUAAAAAUGUUUAGACAAAAUAGAAAUUUUAGAAGAAGCUCUUUAGAAUUAAAGUAAAGACAUUAAAAUAAUUCCAAAAUAAGCUUAAAUUCCAUUACAUAGAAAUAAUACAUUUUAACAAAUCUUUGUUGAAGAUAAGGUAUUUUCUAAAGAUUCUACAAAUGAAGAAAUAUAAUUGAAAUUUUCAGAUAUUGAUUUUAGUAGAUCUAAAGGACAUCUUACAAUAUGUUUUUGGGUUAAAAUUGAUAGAACUAAUUCUAAAGAAAUGCUUCCUAUAUUAAAAAUUAGUACUGAAAAUAAAAAACUUUUAGAAAUGGGUGUUUAUUUAGAUAGCAAAUAAGUAUAUAGUACAUUUAUUCCUAAUAAUCAUCCAAAAAAUACUAAAUAAUAAAAUCCAUUAACAGUUACAUCUUAAUUACCAAUAAAAUUAGGAGAAUUUUAAUUAUUAGCACUUAUUUUAAAUGAAUCUGGUUAAUAUAUGGAUAUGGGUUUAUGUUUAAAUGGAGUUAGAGAUGAUUAAGUUUCAAUUUCAACAUCAUUAAUUUUCCCAGAAGCUUAAUUAUCAUUUGGAAAAUACACAACUCAUCAUUUAGUAUUAAAAGAUUGUUUAGUAAUUACAGAGAAUUUAUAAAGAAUCAAUAUAUUUAAAGAAGUAUAUUAGACAUUUUAAUAAAAAUAUAAUGGAGUUAAGAAAAUGAGUAGAAGAUAUGGAUAGAAGAAAGAAAAUAUAUCUUAUUUAUCUGCAGGAGAUUUAAUAUUCUUUUUAAUUUAACAACAUGAAUAAUCUCCUCCAAAAUCAGGAAGUAGAUCUAAAUCUCCUCCUCCAACAUAAGCAGUAAUUAUUAAUAAUAGAACUAUUCCAGCUGGAUUAGUUAAUUAAUAUGAGUUAGCAAAUACUUAAACAAAAACUGAAGAAACUAAACCGGAAGAAAUUUAAGAGUAACCUUAAUGGAGUAGAAAAUAUUCAGUAGAUAAACUCAAAAAGUUUUUAUAUACUAAUUUCAAUUAUAAAAGAUUAUUAAGUCCAUUUAUUGAAAAUUAUGAUUAUAUUAGUUUAGGAUUAUAAUUAUUAUAACCACCAAGAAAUGAUGAAUAACCUCCUACUAAAUUUCAUAAAAUAAUCAAACCUAAAAUUUAAUUAUCUCCAUAUUAUAUGAUGCCUUAUAAACAAUUUCUUAAAUAUAUAUAAUUUGUAGGAUUAUUAAGAGUAACAUUUGAAGAAUUACAUGAUUUAUGUGAAUUAAUGGAAGUCAUCUAUACAAGUGAUAAAGAACAAUAUAUUCAUUAUGAUCACUUUCUGAUUGUUUUAAGAGAAUGUAUUAUGCCUAGAGGUGAUUUAAAGAAGAGGAAAGAUUAAGAAAAAGGUGAACCAUAACCACCAUAAAUAAUUGAAUCAUAUAGAUAUACUUAUAAAGAAAUAAUCAUAAAAUCAACAGGUACAGAAGAAUAAGAAGUUGAAUUAUCAAAUGCUGUUGAAAUUACAGAAAUUUCAAUAAUAAAAAAUGAAUAAGAAAUUCAAUUAGAAGUCAAAUAAAAAAAUGAAUCUGUAUAAACCUUCCCUCUUGAAUAUUUACCAGCAGCAUUUGUAGGUACAUUAAAUUUAAGCAAUUAAAGAAAGAUAAGUUUUAUUUUUUCUAAUGAUUCAUAAAUAAAUGAAAUCAAAACAGAGACAAAUUCUUUAUUAUUGAGUGAAUAAAGUGAAAUAACAUUAAGUCAUGAAGUAGAAUUAUAAGAAAAUGAAAAAAUAGUCAAAUUUAAUAUAUAAGAUAAAUAAAUAAGAAUUGUGAUAUAAACUUCUAAGAAAAUACUUGAAGAAAUUCCUGUAAUAAUAUUAUUAUUAAUUAUAUUAGCCACUUGAAAUGGAUCCAGAAACAGAAUUGGAAACUUUGAGUUUACCUUAAGUUCCUGAUAGUUGGAAUCUAGGCAAAUUCUAUAUCAAUAUUACAAGAUGUUAAAAUUGUGAUAAACAUCAAUAAACAACUAGACAUUAAGAGAAAGAUUUUAUUGAAAAAACAGAAUAUGUAACAAAUCUUCUCAAAGAAUUAUUUCCUAAUGUUGAAAUCAUUGAAAAUGAAGAUAAGACUGAUAAAUUAGAAAACUUUGAGGUUUAUAUUAAAAAUGCUAUUGGUCCUGAAAAGAUUAUGCUUCUUUAAAAAUAAGAGAAUAUGAAUAAGUUUAAAGAUCAUUUUAAUGAUAAAUUGCCAAAUCUAUUUGAAAAACUAAUUCGUAUCAUUAAUUAUCAUAGUACAACAGAGAAGUUAGGAUUAGAAUAAGAAAAGUUUAAAUGA